AUGCCUCAAAGAUUAACAUUCGCUGUAACAGAAAGAAUAUUUGGUAAUUCAGAUUUAGGAUCAAUUAAUAUUCAAAGAGGACGUGAUCAUGGUAUUCCUGGUUACAUAGCAUGGAGAGAAAUGUGUAAUUUACCAAAAGUUAGAGAUUUUGAUGAUCUUAAUACAACAAUAACAUCAGCUGUUAUUAGAAAUAAUUUAAAACUUCUUUAUAAACAUGUAGAAAAUAUUGAUAUGUAUAUUGGAUCACUUCUUGAAGAUCCUAUUGAUGGAGCCAUUUUUGGUCCAACAUUAAUAUGUAUUGUUGGAAAACAAUUUAAAGCUCUCCGUGAUGGAGAUAGAUUUUAUUAUGAAAAUAAAAAAAUAUUUACUAAAGAACAGAUUGAAUCUAUUAAUAAAAUAACAUUAUCAAGAAUUAUUUGUGAUAGCGGUGACAAAAUGAAGCAUGUGCCCAAAGAAGGAUUCAAUCAAGUUAAAGCUGAAGAUUUAAUUGAUUGUAAUUCAUUACCAACUAUAGAUUUAACACCAUGGAAGACAGAUAUGUAA